GUAUACAUGCGAACUAUGUAAAGUCGAUUUACUGGUAAAUGAGAGAGAGGCUCAAUGCUGCCAAGAAAUCGAAGGCUGCUUAGAAGCGUUAGGGACAGAACUUGUUUUACAAGAAGUAGGUGCUGAGCCAAAUUGCAUAACGCUUCAUCCAGGCGGCUUUGGUUCGGUCUGUUUAUCACCCUGGUCAUUGCGUCCGGCAGGGCGUAAAUUUCGAAAACGUAGAAGGUGAUGAAAACAGGCAAGACACAUAUAUAUAAUAAUAUAUAUAUUUAUUAAACAAUCUAAUAUAGCCAUUUUUAACCCUGAUAAAUCCCCACAAUUUGUUAUCAAUCAGAAAAUUUCAUUUAUAUAAAACUAUUACAAAUAUUACAUGAAAAGUUUCUUAUAUUAUAGGUGUUUCCGAAGUGUUGCCUAUAGAGAGUAUAUACUAUAUACUAUUGGUUUAUGGAUACUUGGGAAAGAGAAGAAUACCUUUACCAGCAUGUGCUUAUCAUGCCAUAAGACACGCUUUUGGUGGAAAAGACUUCAAAGGUCUUGAGGAUGACAAAGAGUUGGAAUGA